AGUAUAUUAAAUGAGAAGAUCUAUCAAUUUUUUUCUUGGAUAGAAAUUUAAAGAAAGAUAAACUAUGUAUUUUGUUAUUUGCUGCACUUAUAUGUUUUUUGUAGAGGACACCAUUGUCCCUUUCUAUUUUUUGUUCCUUCUUUUGUCCGAGCCAAAAACACUUCUCUUUAUGUCUCCUUUUUUUACAAUUACAUUUCAAUCACUAUUUUGACCACAACCGCAGGCAAUAAACAAAAAAUAAAAAUUAUACUUGUGUAUAUAACUUACUUAAUAUUUGAUUUAAAAGAAAUUUAUACUGUUCAAUCUUCGAUAAUCAAUAAAUUGUUUGAUAUACUUAAUUAUUCCAGUGACCAAAGAGUAACCACCAAAUCAACAAAAACAAGUUAGAGCAAAAUAAUUAGACAAACAAAAAACAAAUGUAGCUCAUUCUUUCUUUGGCAUGAUUUGUCUAGCCUCUACACAGUUAUCGUUUUAUAACUAAUAAUGUUUAACUUCAAGAUAUGAAAGAAUGUAUUGUCAAAAUAAAUAAAAAAGAUAUGAAAGAAUAUACCUAUCAUAAUACCACCACUUCAAUUUGGAUUAUAUAUAUAUAGUUUGACAACCCAUCAUGCGUAUUUAUCUCAUCUUGCAUAGAUCAAAUAACAUAUAAUCUAAUAUUUUUCUUACAACAGAAGGAAAUGGCGGGACCUCCAUAAUUUUUCUAGAGGUUUGGUUUGUUCGUAUUGUAUUAAUCGAAUAAACUAGUCGAAUAACACAACGCGAAUGAACCAAAACAAGAGCUUAAACAUAUGUUUUUGCCUCCUCUUGAUCUUGGCUCUACCACUAUAAAUAAACCGCUCCAACAAUAGCUUUAAGAAAAAGACACAAAACAUCUAUCGAAUUAAUAAUUUACAAACUACAUUUUUUUCUUGCAAGAACAAGAUGCCUACAGUGUUAACAGAUGUCUUUAGAGGCCAUCCCAUUCACCUCCCACACACUCACCAACCUGACUUCACAUCCCUUAGUGAGCUCCCGGAUUCUUACACGUGGACCUCCAAAGACGAUCCCCUCUUCACCGCUCCUCCUUCCCCUCCGGGCGCCGGUGAAAGCAUACCUCUCAUUGAUCUGAAUCACCCCGACGCGGCCAACCAAAUCGGCCGUGCAUGUAGAACGUGGGGUGCGUUCCAGAUAGCAAACCACGGCGUGCCUUUGGAACUUCUCCAAGACAUUGAGUUUCUCACCGGUAGUCUUUUUCAGCUACCAGUCCAGCGCAAGCUUAAGGCGGCUCGGUCAGAUGCAGGUUUCUCUGGCUACGGCGUCGCUCGUAUCUCAUCUUUCUUUAAUAAGAAAAUGUGGUCCGAAGGCUUCACCAUCACCGGUUCCCCUCUCAAUGAUUUCCGUAAACUUUGGCCCCAACUUCACCUUAACUACUGCGACAUCGUUGAACAGUACGAGGAACAAAUGCAAAAGUUGGCAUCGAAGUUGAUGUGGCUAUCACUGAAUUCACUUGGCGUCAGCGAAGAAGACAUUAAAUGGGCCAGGGUCAGUUCAGAUUUAAACUGGGCCCAAUCUGCCCUCCAGCUAAACCACUACCCGGUUUGUCCUGAACCCGAUCGGACUAUGGGUCUAGCACCCCAUACCGACUCCACCCUCUUGACCAUACUCUACCAGAACAAUACCGCCGGUCUCCAAGUAUUUCGUGAUGAUCUUGGUUGGGUCACCGUGCCACCGGUUCCUGGCUCGCUCGUGGUCAAUGUUGGUGAUCUUUUCCAUAUUCUAUCCAACGGUUUGUUUAAAAGCGUGAUUCACCGUGCUCGGGUUAACCAAACCAGAUCCCGGUUAUCCGUAGCUUUCCUUUGGGGUCCACGGUCCGAUACAAAGAUAUCACCUGUACGAAAACUGGUUAGUCCUGAUGAAUCGCCUUUAUAUCGAUCGGUCACAUGGGCAGAGUAUCUCCGAACAAAAGCAACCCACUUCAAUAAGGCUCUUUCAAUGAUUAGAAAUCACAGAGAGAAAUAAUAGUUCAUGAGAUCAUAUAAUAAUAUUUGUGAUAUGCUAGUUAGUUUGAUUAAUACAAAUUGUUGUAAAUUAUUUAUCAUUGUUUGUCUUAAUUUUAUUUGCACUGUAUUCCACACAAAAAUCUGGCAUUUAUCGAAUCGUCUAAAAAA